AUGUGGUUAAGCGGGUACUGCUGUGGCGUGAAAGGGGCACGCACGGCGGUGGCAGGUCGCGCAACCGGAAGCGACGACGACGAGUGCGACCGGAAGUACCUCCAGCAGCAGCAACACCGGCUGCACGAGCAGGCAGGUUGGGCCGUUAUGGGUUGCACGCCGAGCAUCCUCUCGAACGGAGCCAACAAUCAGCAGCAGUCGCGCAAGGAUAGUGGCCUGUACGUGGGCAACGUGGCCGCGAGUGGAAAUGGGAGCAAUGAUACGAGCGCUGCCGCCACCGCCAACAACAACAAGCUGAGCAACAGCAGUCCGGUCAACCCGACGAUGGUCAAUGCGUCCUAUCCGGGCGCGACACCGAAGGACGGUGGUACGGAAAAGGAAAGUGCGAAAAAAGAUUCGAUCGUUUCAAUAUCCGCCACGGGGCACAUUACAAGCUUUCCUGUCGUUUCCACCACCGUGAGAAGACCGACCGCUGGAAGUAAGUUGCGCAAUCUUAUCUCUUUUUGCAGUAAGUUUCACCAAUACACAUCGGCAAGAUUGUGCUGUGGAACCUCGAGCAGCUCGAGCCGGUACGCCAAUCGGACGCAGCAGUUGGCUCUUACGCCGGAGGAGGAACCGCUGGACUCGUGCCCGAGAUUAGUAUCGGAUCUGAAGUUUCCCAAUCUGCUACCGCCGAAUCCUGUGAUUAAGAUUUUGAUUGCCUUCUGCAAGAAUGAUCCCGUGUUCGAAGCGCUGGUCAAUGCCAGCCAUCGCCUCAGCAUGGAACCUACGUUCGUCAAGUCGGCCGAAGCCGCCAUAGACGCGUUCCAGAGCCCUAGCACGGGCGGUCAUCACAUCGUCAUUGUCGACGCGCGAUACCCACGAAUAAUCGAGGCCGAGGCGCUUGGCAGGUCAAUUCGAAAUUCAAAAGGCAGCCAACACACGACCAUGGUUGCGGUGGUAAAAAAGAGCGUUUUCGAAAAGGACGACAUGGCUGUGAUUUCUUUGUUGGAAGUUGGCUUCAAUAGGUGCAUUAUCGAGUCUCCACAUGUAUCGAUUUGUUCGUCGGAGCUGCGGCAAAUCCAGCACUCGCUCGUCCGACCACAGAAUGUGAUAUCGACUCAACAGGCACUAUAUACGGCGCUUCAUCGAUCGAGAGAAGCGGUCAUCAUUACCGACGACACGCUUCGGGCGCAAUAUGCGAACCGGGCUAGUGAACGUGUGCUGAAUAUGAAGCUGGAUGAAAUUGUUGGCAGAUCUUUGAGCGACUUGGUGACGGCCGAUAUUAGUAAUAUUUUAUCUCACACCAGUAGAUAUAAGGACUAUGAUGGUUACCUUACUACGCGGAGAAAGUCCCAAGAAUCAUCACAAAUCCAUGUUCGUGCCGUACCUGUCUCGUGCAUCGGAAGGAAUCCCACACACUUAGUUUUAAUCCUAGAAUCAUCAUCCAGCGCACUGGUGUCGUCGAACGCAAUUGGCGAAGCUCUGCAAACACUACCGCAGGGCAAAGAAGUGCCACGUGGUUCACUGCACUCGAUCCGCCGAGGCAGCUUUGACGUGCGUUCGAUCGCUUCGGAUGGCUUGCGACGGACCAGCCUGGCAAAGCUGUCCUCGCUGCCACUGGAGGCACCGAUCACCAAAGUACUGAGCCUGCUGGCACAGGUUCAGGAAAACUGUUCGCUCGAAGAAGCCAAGUUGUUGGACCGCGUGAUGGAGUUCCUGAAGCGAGAGGGUCUGUACAGUCCCCAGAUGAAGGAGAUCCGCACAGAAGAUCCGGUGGCUACUGAUCUGAUUGGUGCCUUGCUCACACAAGGACCAACGAACAUCCUGUCAUCCCGGCGGAGCUCGAAUGAUUCCAUCAUACGCGGCGGUGGCCGACCAUCUACAGGGAGCAUCGUUUUCAACAAAACCAAAGAAUCUUCACAACUGUCCGACCUGCUGCAGACGGCCCUGGAUUGGGAUUUUGAAAUAUUUAAGCUAGAGGAACUUACCGAGAAACGUCCAUUAGUUUGUUUAGGAUUAGAACUGUUCCGGCGGUUUGAUGUGUACAAUACGUUCAACUGUGACGAGAUGACGUUCAAGUUGUGGCUCAUUGAGAUCGAGAAGCACUACCACAGCGAGAAUACAUAUCACAACAGCACUCAUGCCGCUGACGUGAUGCAGGCCACGGCAGUAUACUUGCAACAAUUGAGCAACCGUGAGAUGAAAAUUAUGGACAGAAUGGACGAAGCGACCGCCCUCAUUGCAGCCGCAACCCAUGACAUUGACCAUCCAGGCCGUUCGUCUGCCUUCCUUUGCAAUUCGGACGAUUCACUAGCUCUGCUUUACAACGACAUAUGUGUUUUGGAGUCACAUCACGCUGCGACCACGUUCCGAUUGACGAUGAGUGACGACAAAAUCAAUAUCUUCAAGAACCUCGACCGAGACAUGUUCAAGCUAGCUCGGUCGAUCAUUGUUGACAUGAUCCUGGCAACGGAGAUGACGCGUCACUUCGAGCAUUUGGCCAAGUUUGUCAGUGUGUUUGGAACGGAUGUGGAGUCGAAGGAACCGCCUGCACCCGAUAACGAUGAUAAUCAGAUUCUUGUGCGACGCAUGCUCAUCAAAUGUGCGGACGUCAGCAAUCCAACGCGCCCUCUCAAAUUCUGCGUCGAGUGGGCUCGCCGCAUUGCGGAGGAGUACUUCAUGCAGACAGACGAAGAAAAGCGAAAGAACCUGCCUAUUGUAAUGCCGAUGUUCGAUCGAACGACUUGCAGCAUCUCAAAGAGCCAGAUUGGUUUCAUUGAGUACAUUAUCCACGAUAUGAUGGACGCGUGGAACAGUUUUAUUGAGAUGCCCGAAAUCAUACGCUACAUGGAGUUUAACUACUCGCAGUGGAAAUUGUUCGAGGAGCAGGGCAUCAACACGCUCAGCGACAUCAAACGAAAGCAGAUGUCACUAUCCGAGGAAGCACCCAGUUCAGGCUCCCUGGAGGAGAAGUUCUAAAUGGCUUUAGUUAGAGUUUUAGCAUACCGGACUCGUUCUUGGCGAUGCGAUGAGUGCCCACCGCUCUUAGUAAAAGCAGCUCGGAACGACGGGCCAUUGGGCGAAGAUUCCGAGUGCCACAAGGGAAGGAAAUGAAAUUGAGGACAAAUUCAACGCCAAACAAUAAGCGCCAUAGGGCGAGCAGCCAACACUACUUUAUGGCGGCUCUUCCUUCCAUGAUUGUAGCAGUAUUGUUUUCAUACCAUCAUUAUUUACCCCAUACCAUUUCAUUGUGGACCGACCGGUACAAAACGUUCACGGAUCCAGUGCAUGCAGCAAAACCGAAGCGUAGAUAGCACGAGAAGUACAGAGAGAGCGAGAGAGACGCAUAGGUAGAAAAUACAUGGAAUUGUUGUUCACCGCAGAAACACUGGCUUUUCUGUAUUACGCACAUGGCCUUCACUAUUUGCACCGCUGGCGCAUACGCGCGGAGUCGUGUAUUUUUGCACAUCUAAU